AUGGUCACGACAGACCCCCCGACUCAAGACACUGUUGUGCACACACUUUCCGAACCCAAUCAGAGCUCGCCCCAUGUGAUUCUAACCGGUGGUUCCGGCCAACCAGAAUACGUCCGAUUGCUCGAAGAGCGACUCCUACAGCUAGAGAAAAAGAUUGAGAAACUUAUCGAGGAGAAGAACAGCCCUAUCGAGGCUGGAGACAACAAAUCUGAGCACGGGAGAUCGAGUAGUAAUCGAGAUGACUACGACGAAUCAGAGACGGAAAAAGCGGACGACGACGAACAAAACCCGACAACAGCAGAUGAAGCUAAGCAAGAAGACGAAGAGAAGAAAGAGGUUGAGCGAUCUAUCAUUGCCAAGGCGCACAAAGUCAACCUCAUCAAUUUCACGAAUCGGUUUCCCAACCAGACCGAGAUUCCCGUACUUGAGGCGCUGAUGGUGGACACUACAGUUAGUGCAGCAUACGAGGAAGAUAGCGUGUUCACGGAAAAGUUAUCAGCUAGCACCGCGCCUGAUGCGUUGAAGGCGAUGCAUGCAAAAACAGAAACCAACCAGUACAAGCCAGAUGCCUGGAUGGCAAGGCUUCGCAUUAAUUCCGUCCCUCUUGUGAAGGAAAUUAUGCAGAUUCUUAGCCCUGAUCAAGAAUUCAGCACCUCCGUGACUUUCUGCUAUCCGUUCCCACCGCUGGUCCAACGUCAUGAUCAAAUUAAAGCGAGGUUUGAAAAGAUACGGGCGGAUUCUUUGACCGCAAAAGAGGAGGUCGACGCCAGUUCCGAUGAAGAAAUUACGCAACUGCUCAGCUACUUUAAUACCUACAUCCAAUUUAUGGAAAGCGAGGUGAUUCCCCAGGAUCCUAGCACACACAACAAGGUUAGAUAUCCGGCAUUGUCGGCAAUCUUUAGGUUAGGAGACAGCAUUUACGUGCCCGGUGCAGGCAAAUCAUCCAAGCCCAAUCCGGAGAUGCUGGGGCAACGCGACGAUCAACGGCUCUGGCGACUGUAUCGUACCGAGGAAGACACGGACCAAGACAAAGGCAAUUUCAAGCUCAAGUGCUAUGCCAUGGAUCAUGAUGGCGAAACCUAUGUCUGCAUACGGACGACUUUCCGGAUCCCAGCAUUUGUUGGGGAGCAGGAGAUCUCCAGUCUGCCAGUCUUUCCUCUCCGAUAUGCAGAACAUGCAGAGCAGAUUCAGAAAGAGUGCCGGAAACAAGGGGAGACUUUCUUGGAAUACUUGGAUACCAAGCUGUUGACGCACAAUGGUUGGGCUCUAGACCCGGACCCGGAUGAGUCGCAUUCGCCAUUGCAGUAUGUCACAAGCGACGUUGUGGUUGACAUGACUGAAGCUCUCAAGGCUCAUCCAAGUUGGAAACCACUCUGGAAGUUUCCUAAGGUAAAACCAAGGGAGCGUUCGUUAAAUACCUAUUCUAUCUUCUCCUGGACUGUCACCGAGAAAGACCUUGCCACACAUGAGACCGUGGAGGAGAAUUUCUGGCAGCAUGAAUAUGCUCGCAUGCAGAAAACCGAGUAUUGCACCAAAACAGAUCCUUUCUUAUCAAGCUGGAACAACGAGCAAGGAAGGACCUACAAGCCACAUGGAGCAGACCUCGAGCUCCUCCCACGCAGGCUUUUCUCAUACGUCUUACAAGACCGAAGAUUUGUCGCAGUGGAUAUCCGGAGUCUGAACCACGUCGAUGACCACUGGACUCGAUCUGCCAGUCUGAUUAUUGACAAGGAUCACGAGGACAUGCUUCGUGCGCUCGUCAACUCCCAUUUCAAAAAGAAGGAUCUCCAUGACUCGCUAGGUGUGUACGGCAUCAACCAAGACAUCAUCUCGAAUAAAGGGAGGGGUCUGAUCAUCUUACUAUAUGGCGUGCCAGGGGUGGGAAAGACAUCGACUGCGGAGAACAUUGCGCAUUCGUGGAAGAAGCCGCUUCUUCCAAUCACAUGCGGUGAUUUGGGAACAUUGCCUAGCGAUGUAGAAAAAAAUUUGAAAGACAUCUUCCGACUGGCACAGCUGUGGGGCUGUAUUCUUCUUCUCGAUGAAGCGGACGUUUUUCUGUCGGAAAGAACGCCGGCAGCGCUGGAAAGAAAUGCCCUGGUUUCGGUCUUCCUUCGCAUGUUAGAGUAUUACACUGGUAUACUCUUUCUUACUACCAACCUACCCGGCAGUAUCGACGAGGCGUUCAAGUCGCGAAUUCAUAUCAGUCUAUACUACCCUCAUCUCAGCAAGGAGACUACAUUGAAGAUAUGGGAUAUGAAUUUGAUGCGUUUGGCAGGUAUCGAAGCAGAAAGGGCGAGAGCUAAGCAGCAACCGCCACUUACAAUUGACGUCAAAGGAAUCAAACGGUUUGCGAAAAAACAUUACCGUUUGAAUGAAGAUGGAAAGGGACGAUGGAACGGGCGACAAAUUCGCAAUGCCUUUUUGAUUGCCUCGGCUUUGGCACAUUUUGAGAAAGAUCAUCCAACGGCCAACCGGAGUAUAGCAGGUGACACUUCUCCGGAUGCCAUCUUCGAUAUCAAGCCGAAGCAUUUCGAGGUUGUAGCGGAUGCUAGCAUGGGCUUUGAGCGAUACCUAUUGGAGACCAGAGGCCGAACAGCCGGAGAGAACGCCUAUCAACGAGGACUGAGGGCGGACUUUAUACUCGGAUCACCGGAGAAACUCGAGGAGACGCCUUACAUGCCACAAAAAAGUAGCCAGAGUCAUUCUGAUAACGUCUAUGCCGACCCAUUCCCCUCUGGGACGAAACGGUCCCAGGCAAGCCCAGGGCUCUAUCGCAGCAGAGACCACGAACACAGUCAGCGACGACAAUUCGAUGAAGCUCAGUAUGAUGAGUCCUACAGAUAUCAAGGAAUGUUUCCCCAAGAUCAGCAAUUCGGCGUUCAGCACCAAUCCCAAAGGACAAGGACCAGUGUUAACAGAGGAGCGGCGCUACCGCUCAUGAACCUGAGUCCUCAAGGGUCACCAUCGCCGUUUGGUACAAGCAAGCAGUCUUCCCACAAAGGCCAUUCUCCGAGGUUUCCAGUCGUGAACGAGGACAGUGAAACGGAUGAUGACUCGGAUUAUCAUUGA